AAUCAUAAAACACAAGAUCAAACCAAUCUCCUAGCCUCCUCCUCUGCUUCUUCCACCACAACAUCACCAUGGGCGCCCAAGUCUCCAAACAACUCGAGCGCCGCAAAGCCAUAGACGCCGAGAAAAAAAUCCUCACCGACCUUCUCCAAUCCUCCGGCGACCAAUUCCCUGGCUCCGACUACCACCCAUCCGACCACAAAACCUGGAUGUCCUCUCUCGACCCAUCCAAAGUCCACAUCCGCAACAUCCUCUUUCCUGGCACUCACGACUCCGCCACCAACAAAAUCGGCAUCCCCUUCAUCUCUCGCCCAUUCGCUCAGUGCCAAUCCUCCUCCAUCUACCGCCAACUCUGCCGCGGCGCUCGCGUCCUCGACGUCCGCGUCAACCAAGACCGCCGCGUCUGCCACGGCAUCCUCGUCACCUACCCCAUCGACGUCGUUCUCGACUCCAUCAAACGCUUCCUCUCCGAAACCACCUCUGAAAUCCUCAUCCUUGAGAUCCGCACCGAGUUCGGCUACACCGACCCUCCUGACUUCGACACCUUCCUCUCCGACCAACUCUCAGACCUCCUUAUCCACCAUGACGACAACGUCUUCGACAAAACCAUUGCCGAGCUCCUCCCUCGCCGCAUCAUUUGCAUUUGGAAACCUCGCAAGUCACCUGCACCGAAACCCGGUGGCCCGCUGUGGAGCGCUGGGUAUCUCAGGGACAAUUGGAUUGAUACUGAUUUGCCGAACACUAAGUUUGAGAGUAAUAUGAAGCAUUUGAGUGAACAGCAACCUGUGUCUUCACGCAAGUACUUUUAUCGUGUGGAGAAUACUGUGACUCCUCAGGCUGAUAACCCGGUCGUGUGUGUUCGGCCGGUGACUGACCGUAUCCAUGGAUAUGCUCGGCUCUUCAUUUCUCAGGCAUUUGCUCGUGGCUUUGCUGAUCGGCUUCAGGUCUUUUCUACUGAUUUUAUUGAUGAGGACUUUGUUGAUGCUUGUGCUGGUGUUACUCAUGCUAGACUUGAAGGGAAGGCUUGAUUGAUUUCACCUCCUGUUUCUCUUCUUCUUUCUUUUUUUUUUCUUCUUCUUCUUGUUCUUGUUCUUAAUUUGUUUUAUUGUUAUUAUUAUUUGGGUGUCUUGUAUAUUAAUAAAUUUGUAUGUUGUAGGGAGUGUUGUGUUGUGGCUUAUCAUCUUGACCGGAAGAAGAAGAAGAUGGUUUGAUUCAAUGCUUGUGAAUAGUAGUAAUUAUGUGCUAGCUGUUUCUUCAUUUUUUUUUUUUUUCUUUAGAUUUUUGGAGUAAAUAAAACAUGGUAGAAAAAAGUUAUUAUU